UUUACGUUUUGGUUCUAAAAUUGUACAAUGAUAUUCAUUUCCGGCAUCUUCAACAAUGUCCGACGAUUUACAAACGAAUUUGUCUACGUAUAAACUACAAUUACAACAGGUUGAAGCAUCAUUAACUACAGAUCCAGAUAAUGAAGAUCUGUUGAAGCUCAAGAAUGAUUUACAGGAAGUUAUAGACUUGACUGUGGAUCUGAUUGGUACCAAACUACCUCCUACUGCAACAGAAAUACUGAAAUCUGACACACCAGAUGUAUCUACACAUACUUGGAAGUCAGGUGAUCCAUGUAUGGCUAUCUGGUCAGAAGACGGACAAUACUAUGGCAGUAAGAUCGAUGAGAUACUAGAGGAUGGAACAUGCACUGUAACUUUUGAUAGCUGGGGUAACACAGAAGUCACCAAUGUUACUGUAUUGAAGCCUAUUGACCCUAAUGCAUUACCAGGUUCAUCUGAUGACAAACACAAAUCAAAACGAGAUAAAAUAGCAGAACAGAGAGAAUACAAAAAAAAGAAAACACAGAAAAAGGCACAGAGGCUAAAGGCUCAGGAAGAAGAAAGAGAAACAGAGAAAAAUAAAUGGCUGGAUUUUAAUGCCAAAACAUUUUCCAAGACAAAUAAAGGGAAAGUAAAGAAGAGUAUAUUUGCCACACCAGAUCAUGUAAAUGGUAAAGUUGGUGUUGGUACUUGUGGACAGAGUGGUAAACCCAUGACUAAGUAUACACACCAGGAGAAAUGGAAGAAAUGAGCAAUCUCAGGAUAUAUACCACUCAUUUUUAACCUCACAUUGUUCAACUUACAGCUGAUAGAUACUAUUUUGAAAUCAUGCUAAGUUGUCAGAUUAGAAUUCUGAUUCAGCCUGUUUUUUCAUGUCACAGAGAAAGUAUUGAAUGAAUUAUCAUAACAUAAAAACUUCCUCAUUUUCAUCUGAUAACAUUUUCAUUUUAUAAGAUAUAACAAUUUUACAAUUGAUAAUUGAACUGAAGACAGUUAAAUUCAUUAGUUUAAUAUUUUCAAUUGAUUUUUAUAAAUCGAAAACAAGUAUGAACAUUUGUUUAGUAUGGUUUUAUUUGUUGUUUCAUACAACACAUUUUGUAAAUAAAAUGUUUAAACAUGUA